AUGGCAUCUCAACUCCUUCCUCCUAUACCAAAUGCCUUUCCGCCGAAAGAUAUCUCGGCAAUCAAAGUAAUGGUAACUCAUCUAUGCCAUGAAAACGGAUUUCCCCCAGGUAUCAUCCGAAUUUCCGAAAUAAAAGGCGGUAGCAAACACAACAUCAUACUAUUCACAUGGAUUCUAACCAAUCUUGCCCCUGGUAGUCGCAUGGCUCCUUGUAAGCACUAUGUCUUGCGGACCCCGAAAAUGCAAGGAGCGAUCCCCGAUCUUUGGAUCCAGAGAACCGCCGCUUUCGAUUUCAUCUCCGCCAAACACUUUGAAGUUCCCAAACUAUACGCAUAUGAUGCUAGAUGCGGAAACGCCAUCAGAUCUCCGUAUAUCAUACAGAAACAAGUGGAAGGUUGCACAUUGCUGAAGAAAUAUCGUAUACUAUACCACAAUUAUCUCACAUACGGCCAUUACAAGCCGGCUUGUGAGUACGGAGAAGCUGCAUCUAUGAUAUCUAUGUAUAUUGAGAGACAAGAAUUAGCAUAUCAAUUCGAGUUUUACGGUACUUUUCAGCCCGUUCAGGGAAUGGCUCUCCAGAGUUCCAUUCCUGACAGAGUCAAGGAUCGAAUUGGUUUAGAUGUUAAGCCAUUCAUGAAUACUUUAUCCAUGAGAGCUAAUUCGAAGGCUAUCGAUUUCAUACUCGAAUUACUAUUUAUGUCAGAGUCGCAGACCCGGAGUCCGGAUCAAGAAGUUAAAUAUCGAAAGAUUCGACAUAUAGCUUUAUGUAUCAAGGUUUUGGACAACGACGAUAUGUAUCGUGCUGCACAUAGACCUGAACCCUCCGUUCUUUGGCAUCCGAAUUUUCAGCCCAGCAAAAUCAUGAUGACAGCAACGCCUCAGUACAAUGAAGCUAUAUCCGGCGUAUCGAAUGACGACCCCAACCGAACAGAAUCUUACAAACUAGAAGCUGUACUAGGAUGGGAAGGCGCCAUGGCACUCCCUCGUAUCAUGACUCGAUGCCCUCCUUAUUUCUGUUGGGGAGAAGGUCCUCAAGUACACGAGGCAGAUAAGUGUGUAUGGAAAUAUACCUGCGUCGAUGAGAUGAUAGAAGAGGGUUUACCAGGAUGGUGCGAGGAUGCUUAUGGAGAGAUGUCGAGGAUUGUUAGGGCGUUGGGGUUUUAUGCUUUAUUUGGUGUGGAUUUUGAAUGGAAUGAACUUCCUUUUGAGGUUUUGAUAGAUUCGUGGACGCGUAUCGAGCCUGCAACGAGGGAUCUGGAGUAUGCGACGGAAUAG